CAUAUUAUAGCAACACAGCCUGUAGCAUGAAUAGCACACGUCUUCGCUUGCUGCCGCUCUAACUAAACAAUUGCUACAUUUAUUGACUUCUGAGGUAUUUAUGUAUUGUUUUGUCUACUUUAGAACUGCAACACCGAGUCCACAUCCAGAACGGCGUUAUUCAAUGUUUGAUUGGAUUAUCGUGAGUUAGCCUUUGCCCUCUAACCCCUUCGAUUUUUGGCUAGCUGCUUCCCGCCCCCCCCCGCCUCUCUCCUAAGGAACCGACAGACCCACCGAGCGACUACGCCUGCCGAAGCCGCUCGGCGAAGCGCCCAGUACCGGGAAGAGUCGCCACCAGCGAACCCCGAGCAGAGCUGAACUGAGCCACUGAACCAGUCGGCAGGCGAACAAGACCAGGAGAAAGAGGGAGCCAUGCGGAGGAAAUCAAGGAUAUUGUUAUGUUUUGCGGUGCUGUGGGUGCUGGGAAUAGCCUACUACUUCUACUCCGGGACGGCGUUGGGGCGAAAGGAUGAGUGGGACUCCAGUGACUCGUCCAUACGAAACAAAGCUCACAACUCUGACGACAAAUCUCUGGAGACACUUCCACCUGGUAAGGUCCGCUGGCAGGACUUUGACCAGGAUCUGUAUGUCGGAGCUACGGUGGUUCGGCCGGGUCAGGACCCGUAUGCCAGAAAUAAGUUCAACCAGGUGGAGAGUGAUAAGCUCCGUAUGGACAGAGCCGUGCCGGAUACCAGACACGACCAUUGCAGACACAAGCAAUGGAAGUCAGACCUACCAGCUUCGAGUGUAGUCAUCACCUUCCACAAUGAAGCCCGUUCCGCCCUGCUGCGCACCGUUGUCAGCGUCUUGAAGAAAAGUCCAGCUCAUUUGGUCAAGGAGAUCAUCUUGGUUGAUGACUACAGUGAUAAUCCUGAGGAUGGAGCGCUACUUGGCAAAAUGGAGAAAGUCCGCGUGUUGAGAAACGACCGCAGAGAAGGACUGAUGCGCUCAAGGGUUCGUGGUGCUGAUGCUGCCACUGCACCAGUCCUCACUUUCCUAGACUCACACUGUGAAUGUAAUGACCACUGGCUCGAGCCACUCCUGGAGAGAGUAGCUGAGGAUAAGACCAGAGUGGUAUCUCCCAUAAUUGAUGUCAUCAACAUGGACAACUUCCAGUAUGUGGGAGCCUCAGCUGAUCUCAAAGGAGGUUUUGACUGGAAUCUGGUCUUUAAAUGGGAUUACAUGACUCUGGACCAGAGACGAGCAAGACAAGGCAACCCCAUCGCCCCCAUAAAGACUCCCAUGAUAGCUGGAGGUCUGUUUGUCAUGGAUAAGGAAUACUUUGAGCAUCUUGGGAAGUACGACAUGAUGAUGGAUGUUUGGGGAGGAGAAAAUUUGGAGAUCUCAUUUCGUGUGUGGCAGUGCGGCGGAAGUCUGGAAAUCAUCCCGUGCAGCCGAGUUGGACACGUGUUCAGAAAGCAACACCCGUAUACGUUCCCUGGCGGCAGCGGCACUGUCUUUGCAAGGAACACACGGAGAGCUGCUGAGGUGUGGAUGGACGAGUACAAAAACUUCUACUACGCUGCAGUCCCCUCGGCGAGAAAUGUGCCCUACGGAAACAUACAGAGUCGUUUGGAUAUGAAGAAGCAUUUAGCCUGUAAGCCCUUCAAAUGGUACCUGGAGAAUGUUUACCCUGAGCUGCGGGUCCCUGAUCACCAGGACAUUGCCUUUGGAGCAUUACAACAAGGAGGAAACUGCCUAGACACCUUGGGCCAUUUUGCGGAUGGCGUAGUGGGUGUUUAUGAGUGCCACAACGCCGGUGGAAACCAGGAAUGGGCCCUGACUAAGGAUAAGUCAGUCAAACACAUGGACCUGUGCUUGACUGUGGUGGACAGAGCGGCCGGCUCCCUCAUCAAACUGCAAGGCUGUCGAGAGAACGACAGUAGACAGAAAUGGGAGCAGAUCGAGUCCAACUCCAAGCUCCGUCACGUAGGCAGCAACCUGUGUCUGGACAGCCGCAGCGCCCGAAUGGGGGGUCUUACUGUGGAGGUGUGCAGCCCCAACCUGAGCCAGCAGUGGAAGUUCACCCUCAAUUUACAGUCAUAGGGGUUCCCCCCUCCCCCGUGCCCUCCCAAGAGAAGAGCAGGACACACCAACAGACUCUUUAAAAGGUUUGGACGAGAAAGACAAACUUUGGUGGAUGAACUGGUACAUCUUGGUCCUCCUCAGGUCAGAGGUCAUUUUUUUACAACCCCUCCCAACAUGAAAACAGACAAACAGAGGGAGGCCCUUGUAGACCUUAAACAGGAAGUGACUGUUAGUCGGAGGGGCAGUGCUGGGAACGCUGAAGUUGAUGAUGAGGAUAAAGGUGAUAACGAAGGCCUUCCAUCCAAACGACUACAUACCUCAGUGUGUUUGUCAUUGACCCUUCACAAGGCUAAAUAACGUGUGAAUUCUUCAAGGCUUUUCUUUUCUUGAAUGCUGGGGAAAAUGGACUCUAGUGGUUUUAUUUUGUAAUUAUUUUUCUUAUUGAUCUUUUUCAUUAUUGUUUAUUUCUGGAGCUUUUGCGGGAACAUUUUUUCCCCCCCCACACAGAGACAGAACCUUUGAAUCGGAGGAAACCAACUUGUGUUUUUCUUUUUUCUCCUUGUGUUUGAAUCUCAUGGGUUUACAGGAUCAGCAGAGAUGAAGUGAAGGGGAAAAAAAUGAAUUUUCUUCUUUUCCCUCACAGUUAAAGAGGAGAUUUCCACAGCAGGCAAUGGAGUUUUGGAGGAUUUCAUUGAACAUUGGAGGGUUGUGGUCUCUCCUCAGGCUGCAGCAGUGGCUGCUGCACUUUACCAUGCUUAUUUUCCUCUUUCAAGCAACAACACACACCACAAAUCUCUUAGCAGCUUCAUUUUGUUUACUUCUCUCUAAGCAAAUUGAAAAAGAAAAAAAAGAACACCCUCCAAAGGACACUAGAGGACUGAUGUGAUGUCUUCUCUUUACUCUUGCUGCUCUUCUUCUCCCCCCCGGGGGAGCGUUUUACACAACUUCUGUUUGCAUUGCGAUUUUAUUUUCCUCACCACAUCUAACUGAAUUUGUGUUGUUUACUGUUGCAGCACUCUCUCUCUCUAGAGGUAACAGGAAUAAAUAAGGUAAUCUCUAUUGUAACCACCAUCUCAUAUUAGUUUCUCUAUUCUAGCCCUGACCUGUAGUGACCUUAACCAAGCACCACUGUUUGAGGCUGACGGGCUUCUGUGAACAACACUUAUCAGGAUGUGUUUUAUUUAUUGUAGCCCGCCGGGGCCAACUCAAACCGCCGCUGCAACAGAGAUUUAUUGUGAGCGCAACACGGGUCUCUCGGUUUUAUAUGAAUCAUGUUCACAUUUUUUUGUGUUAAUAACAGUGCUUGUCAGCAUGUUUCAAGGAUGGUAUGGCUUUAGUUUUGAUGACGUUUUUUCCCUCAUAGAUUCAUUUUCAUUGAGAUAAUCAAAAGUGCAAAAGUCUCAAGCCACUACAGUAGCUUUGCUUUAAUGACCUCACAGGUAUAAUAGAGAGACCGACAAGAUUUACACAACCGAUUCUCAGUAAUCAGGAAGCAGCAUGCUAACUAACAGAUUGGCAUACAGAUACAUUCCACGUAUAUUUCCAAUGGUGAGCCUUGGUGGGGGUCUGCUCUCUCAAGUGUUAUUGUAGGUAUAUGUGGUCAUUGAAGUAUUGCUAUAAAAGCAUUACUAAUCCAACCCCGUAAUCAGGGAAAAAGCGGAAAGAAACAAACAAAAUGGUGGCUGAAGACUUUUGCACAGCACUGUAUCUGUACAGUAUUAUAAAGAAAGAAUGAUGCCUGCAAUUAUGCUUUCAAAUUUUUACACCUGAGAUGAGCUGUGUACCGUAUUUUCCGGAGUAUGAGUUGCUUCAGAACAGUCGCAUUAGUCAAAUAAUGCGUCAUGAAGAGGGGAAAAAAAACAUGAGAACCAUACUGGACCAUAUGUAGUAUUUAUUUAUAAAGUUAUUCAACAGAACUCAAGAUCAAGAACAGACAUUUAAUUUGGAAAGGCAAGUUAUUCAACUUCACACCAGCACACACAGCAAAUAGGUGUCUGAUAGGUAUGUAUGUAUAUGUAACAUAACACAUCAACUAUACAAUAACAACAGGCUGACUAGGUAGGCACAUUAACAUAACAAGCCACCAAAUCCAAUAAGCAAGUUCACCAAGCUCCCGAUCUAAUUCCACAUCACUGAAUGACAGGAGUUGCUACAACCCAUUAGCUUCCAUUACCAUCGACAACCCUGAAGUGUGAAUUAUAGUCAGGAAAAUACGGUAUUCAUGAGUUAAAUGCAGGGAUAAACAAUGGCAUCACAACUUAAAUGUAGUGUUGAAUAAAAUCCCCAAAGAUAAAGAUAAAUAUAAGAACUAUUGAAUUGAAUGAAAUAGUUUUUUUUAGUAAGUGAUGUAACAAAGGUUUUCUACUCAAUGAGCCACUUAAGUUAUUUAAGCAUUGGAUAAUUUCUUGUAUUACCAGUAUAAAAUAUCAUAGCAACUACAAGAACAGUCUACACAGGGUUUUUUUGGCCCCUCAAGAGAACAUAAGGCUAAAAAUCAAUACAGAAAAAUUAAUUUUGUCUUUAUUUUUCUUAAGUCCCCUCAUUAAGUCUUCUGGCACCUCACGCUUUACAUCUACUUCCACUCUGCAGAGAAAUGGCAACCACUUUCUCACACUUUGUUACUAAGUUAAGAAUCUGGCGGAGACAGCUGUUCAUGUUGUUCAUCUUUUUGUUGUUGUUGUUUAUUUGCCUUUGUCUUAAACCUUUGUCACGGCGGCCAUGCUGACACUGCAGCUAGCCUGCAUGCAGAGCCUAUCCUGACACUUGAUAGGCUGCACGUGUUGCUAUAGUGACCAUAUUGUACUGUACUCAAAAUGCCCAAAUACUGAUUGAUUGAUGGAGGUUUCAAAUUGAGUGUUUUUUUUUUUUUUAUUUAAACCUGGACAAUUUUUAUCACAUACACUGUACAUUUAUUUGUAUCUUAAGAAGUUUUCUUUUUUUAAACAUCAGUUUGGUAUUUUAGGUAGCAAAAUAAAAGCGAAGUCCCACAUUAGUCAUAUUAGGAGGAAGUCAUUCAGUUAAUCUUGUUGCCAUGGUGACGUCCCCACUCAAGAUGUAGGGGAAUAAAAGCUGUAGGUUGCAGUAAUAAUACCUUUUGAAAAGCAAGACGUGUGCAGCAUUUUGCAUAUUUCCCCCAAAUUAUUUUUAAAUCAUAAAUCAUACUUUCCUUUAACAUUUUCUCUGCUAGUCUACAUGUACUUUUGCAGACUAAUUUGUCCAUAAUUAAUGUCCUACUUUGCACGUUUGGAUUCAGGCUUCCUGUGGGAUAUUUACAAGGUUUAAGCGCCAUCUCCUGGCAUAAAGUAGCAACUGGAAGAGACACUGAAAGAAAUCAAGCCAGCAAAACCUGUGAAGAACCAACACACAGUCUCAAGCAGUGUUGUUAUAAAUAGCUUUUAUUAACUGUUUUGCACAUACCAGAAUUACCAUGGCAACACAGACUGCUGUUCUUUAACUAGUGUGAAUAUAAAACAAAAAAAACAACUCGACAAAACAAAGGACAAAAUUGCAACAACAGAUUUGGAUUAGAUUAUGAAAUGUUUACAUCUUUAGCACCAUGUGCCAAAGUUUCUUUGAGGUUGAAUGGGAAUGGUUUUUCACAGGGUAUAAAACCUCUCAGUUUGGUGGUUUCAUGUUUUAACAUUUGUGGCACCCAAAGCAUGCAGUCAUUUAUUUGAAUUGUGUGGACAUGAUCAAGGUUUAAAGAUCAAAACUUGCCUACCACUUUAAACUGUCAUCAACCAGUAGUCACAUUUACAAUCACUGAAAGGAAGAAAUUGUUUACUGAGAGAAAUGUCACUUUGAGUCUUACUAAGGUGGUAACUCUGCGCGCAAGUGUAAAAGUGUAUAUUUUUGUAUAUACCUACACCCUAAUGUGUGUACAUGAUGUACAUAUACGAACAGUGUACUCGGUCGCAGGUUCCUAGUAUUGUUGUCACACUGUACAGCGCUUCUAACUGUUCCCUCUUUUAUAGACACUGCAGACUUUGAAUGAGGAGAAAUGACUAACUUAAAUAAAAGCAUUUGUAUACAUACAGUACAUUGAACAGAGUG